AUGCCCUCCUGGGCCCUCCUGGUGGUCACCUCCUGCCUCCUCCUGGCCCCCCAAAACCUGGCACAAGUCAGCAGCCAAGAUACCUCCUUGCUGGCCUCGGAUUCAGAGCCCCUGAAAUGUUUCUCUCAAACCUUUGAGGACCUCACUUGCUUCUGGGAUGAGGAAGAAGCAGCACCCAAUGGAACAUACCAGCUGCUGUAUGCUUAUCCAGGGGAGAAGCCCCGUGUCUGCCCUCUUAGUUUUGAGAACGUGCUGCCCUUUGGAACUCGAUAUGUGUGCCAGUUUCCAGCCCAGGAUGAAGUUCGCCUCUUCUUUCCACUGCACCUCUGGGUGAAGAACAUGUUUCUGAACCAGACUGUGACCCAGCGGGUGCUCUUUGUGGAUAGUGUGGGCCUGCCAGCUCCCCCAAAUAUCAUUAAGGCUGUGGGCGGGAGCCAACCAGGGGAACUUCAGAUCAGCUGGGAGACCCCAGCUCCCGAAAUCAGUGCUUUCCUGAGGCACGAACUCCGCUAUGGCCCCAAGGAUCCCAGGAAUUCCAGUGCUCUCACAGUCAUGCAGCUGCUGCCCACAGAAACCUGCUGUCCAGCUCUGCAGAGACUAAACCCAGCCCCAGCUCUGCACCAGCCUCCGUGUGCUCAGCCCAUGAUGCCCCAACAGGAUCGACCAGAGCAGACCUCCCCAACUAGAGAAGCUUCAUCUCUGACAGUGAUGAGUGGAAGCUGCCUCAUCUCAGGGCUCCAGCCUGGUAAAUCCUACAAGCUCCAGCUGCGCAGCCAACCUGACGGGGUCUCUCUCCAUGGCUCCUGGGGAUCCUGGUCCCUCCCCGCAACUGUGGACCUGCCUGGAGAUGCAGUGGAGAUUGGACUGCAGUGCUUUACCUUGAACCUGAAGACUGUUACCUGUCAGUGGCAGCAACAGAACCACACUAGCUCCCAAGGCUUCUUCUACCACAGCAGGGCGCGGUGCUGUCCCGGAAACAGGGACCCCAUCUGGGAGAAGUGUGAAGAGGAGAAAAAUCCAGGAUUACAGCCCUCCCAGUUCUCUCGCUGCCACUUCAAGUCACGAAAUGACAGUGUUAUUCACAUCCUUGUGGAGGUGACCACAGCCCAGGGUGCUGUUCACAGCUACUUGGGCUCCCCUUUCUGGAUCCGCCAGGCUGUGCUCAUCCCCACUCCAAACUUGCACUGGAGGGAGGUCUCCAGCGGGCAGCUGGAAUUGGAAUGGCAACACCCAUCAUCGUGGGGAGCCCGAGAGACCUGCUAUCAGCUCCGAUACACAGGAGAAGGCCAUCAAGACUGGAAGGUGCUGGAGCCGCCUCUCGGCGCCCGGGGAGAGACCCUGGAGCUGCGCCCGCGCUCCCGCUACCGCUUACAGCUCCGCGCCAGGCUCCACGGCCCCACCUACCAAGGCCCCUGGAGCGCCUGGUCAGAUCCAGUGAGCGUAGACACUGCCUCCGAGACUGCCUGGAUCUCCUUGGUGACCGCUCUGCUCGUGGUGCUGGGCCUCAGCACCCUCCUGGGCCUGCUGCUGCUGAGGUGGCAGUUUCCUGCGCACUACAGGAGUCUGAAGCAUGCCCUGUGGCCCUCACUUCCAGACCUGCACCGGGUCCUAGCCCAGUACCUUAGGGAUACUGCAGCACUGAGUCCACCCAAGACUGCAGUCUCAGAUGCCUGUGAGGAAGUGGAACCCAGCCCCCUUGAAAUUCUACCCAAGUCCUCAGAGAAGACUCCCGUGGCCCUGUGUUCCUCCCAGGCCCAGAUGGACUACCGAAGACUGCCUCCUUCUUGCCUGGGGACCAUGCCUCUGUCUGUGUGCCCACCAAUGGCUGAGAUGGGGUCUUAUUGUACCACUCACAUUGCCAACCAUUCCUACUUACCUCUAAGCUGCUGGCAGGCCCCUCUCUCCCAGUACCCUGGACAGAUCCAAACCCACCAGACCUCUUUUCCCAACCUCCCUACCCACUCCAACCCCACAACACAAACUUCUCAGACCUCACGUCCAUCCCCCUCUGUCUGUCCUCAUAGUUGGGCUCCACGACACUGACCACUGAUGACGACCUUUGGUACUGCUGCUGACAUAAAGCCAGCACCCUCGCUUCUCACGCCAGGCUCAUUUGACCAAGCUGCUCUAACUUUCACCUGUUUCCUCUCUCCUCUCUAAUGCUGGACUCCUUGAAAAGACAUCUCCACAUCCCCACUUCCCAUUUGCUCUUCAGACCAGUUAGUCCCCUACUUUGCUAAGGAAACUACCCUGGCAGAGUUCACUUCAAACCAUGAAAUUGCAAGAUCAAGUAGGAUCUUAUCAGUCCUCAAUUUAUUUGAUCUCUCUGUGGCAUCUGUCAUGGUAGCUACUCAUUUCCCCUUUAAAUUCUCUCCUACCUUGGCUUCCAUAAUAUUGCCAUCUCUCCUGGCUCUGAGUAUAGGAGUAGUGGUGAAAGCAUAAACUCUGGAAUCAGAACUGGGUUCAAUUCCUCUCUUACCCACUUGUUAGCUGUGUGACCUUGGGCACAUAACUUAAAGUCUUUGAGCCUUGGUUUCUUGUUUAUUAACAUAGGGAUAAUGACAGAACCUCACAGACUUGUGAAGAGAAUUGAGAUAAUCCAAAUACAGCACAAUGCCUAGGACAUAGUAAGUGCUUAAUAUAUCUGAACUAUUGUAAUUAUUCCUUCCUAUUAUUCUCUUAUCCAGGCAUGUUUUCCACCCCUUAAUUAUUAUAGUUCUUCAAGAGUCUAUUGACUUUCCUAUAAGCUGAUCAUUCCAAAGUUCUUAUCUGCAGCCCUGACUUCUACUACAGUACCUGUGAUGCUUUAUGCAAGUGACCGUUUACAUGUUUGUCUCCCACUACUAGAUUGUGAGCUCCUUGAAGGCAAGCAAUGUGAUUUAUUUGUCUUUUCCCCCCAGCACCUAGAGCAGUGCUUGGCGCAUGGGAGUAGGCCUUCAAUAAAUGUUUUCUAAAUGAAGAAAAUCUUUCUGGACAAUGCCCCCUUAACCUCAUGCCAAGCUCCCUCAUUCUCUAGGCCAUUCAUUUUCAGCAGUAAAUGUGCUUAGGCCAUUCUGUUUAUAGAUUCCCCUGACUCAUUCAAAUUCACAAAUAAAUGGUAUUUUUUGCUGGCUCCAAACAUACCCACUGUACUAGUCAGGGUCUUGGCAGAAAGAGCACACUCGAACUGGGCAUCUUGAUGAGUUUAAUAAAGGCCAUAGUUAUAAAGAUAAGGCAGGAUUUAGGAAAACCAUCAAGGACUAGUGCAGCACCAGAGCCCUAGCAAUAACUGGGAGCUGGUACCACCCCUAGGCAUCAAGGGGUAAGGGGGGAGUAUAGUUACCAGAUCGUGAGAGAGUAGCUCUAAGAGAGGGCUGCCUGACAGGAGCAGUGACCUUUGGUAGAAAGAUACAACCAACCUGUAGGGACAUGGCAGGGAGGGAACCAGGAAUAAAUAGCUCAUUCUCACUCUACCCCCAUCCUCUGUUCUCCUCUGUAUUAGUUUGCUAGCACUGCUGUAACAAAGUACCACAAAGUUGGUGGCUUAAACAACAGAAAUGUAUUGUCUCACAGUUCUGGAGCCUGAAAGUUCAGGGUGUCAUUAGGGUUGGUUCCUUCCAAGAGCUGUGAGGAACAAUCUGUUCCGGGUCUCUCCCCUAGCUUUAGUGGGUUUCCUGGCAAUCUUGGUGUUCCUUGGCUUCUAGAAGCAUCACCCCCAACUCUGUCUUUAUCUUCACAUGGCAUUCUCCUGUGUGUAUCUGUGUCUAAGCUUCCCCAUUUUAUAAGGACACCAGUUUCACUG